GCGCUCCUGGAUUUCAGGCGCGGCUUCUGUUGCUCGCGCCUAAUAUCUCCGUCUUCCGUUGGGCAGGCAAUGGGCCUGGCCCGGGGCGGCGGGCCGCUGCUAGCGGUUCUCUUCGUCGCCGGAGCAGUGUCUGCAGACAAUGAUUGCAUGUGGUACACUGAUGUAGAAGGAAACUGGCAAUUUGGUUUUGACUGCUCAUUCGUCCAGUUCUGCUGUGGAAACUGCACAUACCGUUAUUGCUGCCAGGAUUAUAUGCUACGAAUCACUGAAAGGCAACAAAAGUAUUGUGCAACCACGAACCUCAGUCCUGCCACGGUUGCUGGAAUUGCCUCUGCUCUCUUUCUAUUUAUUUUUAUCAUUGGAAUUAUCGUUUGCUGUUUCCUGUGUUCCUGUUGCUAUCUAUAUCGGCGACGGCACAAUUUGAGGCAGCAGUUCACAGGGCCAGGACAGGUGAUUCGCAGCUUUCCAAUGCAACCAGGUUAUCCAUCGCAACCAGGUUAUCCAUCGCAACCAGGUUAUCCAUCGCAACCAGGUUAUCCAUCGCAACCAGGUUAUCCAUCGCAACCAGGUUAUCCAUCGCAACCAGGUUAUCCAGCGCAACCAGGUUAUCCAUCGCAACCAGGUUAUCCAUCACAACCAGCCUAUUCAUCAAAUAUGCCGCCUGGAACAUAUGCUGCAUACCCAACAGCUCCAGCAUACGGUGUUGCAAGCUCAAGAGAGAUGUUUCAGAGUAACCCAAUGAACCCAGCAUACCCACCCAACAUUCCUCCUGGAUCAUAUGCUCCAUAUCCAUCAGCUCCAGCUUACAAUGCUGCAUCUGCUCCGCCACACAUCUCACAGCCAUAUUAAAGAAGGGCCCCUUUUUUUGCAAAAUAUCCAUUCUUCAACAUGCUAUUAGCUGGUGACCGACGUUUGCUGACAUAAGCAUGUUUGCUUUGGAUUCCUUGUUUGAUCGCAGUAGAUUUCUGGAUUGAUUGCUGUAAGUUCCUGAACUGACUGCUUGUCCAAUGCGUUCACUUACCAUUGUAGGUUCAUCAUUGACUGCGAGCCCUUGAUUGAUUGCUGUAAAUUACUUGUUUAUGGAAGUUGCACUUUAAUAUUCAGAUAAUGCCCUUCAUUAUACCCAUAGCAUUAAGAUUAAAUUUUACGUAUACAUUUAUAUAAAUUAUUUAUUGAAGCUUUUUCACUUGUGUCAUUUAUUUUGAAGUAUUGUGUGUAAAAAGUGCUGGCAAUAGACUGCUGAGCUGUACACAUUAAUAGACUGUUUAAAAAAACCUGAGGGAAGAUUUCAUGUGAGUAAUAGAGAAAUGAGAUUUGUCACAAGUUGUAAGCAUGUAUGCACUUGGAACUAUUAUUUUUUUGGAUUACAGUCCUUUGCAAUGAAUGGUCAUUAACUAGUUUCUCACUCUAUCAAUAUUUCCUGUAUUUUCUAUUUGCAAUUCAAAUGUGCAGUAUCUUUGUUCUAACAUUGGAGGCAUUAUGUUACUGCCUUCACUGCAGGAUUUAGGCACACACCCACAUCGUCUUGACAACACCCUGUCUCCCUGUUUCUUCUGCAUCCAUUUUCCAUCAUGUUCACAGAAUAUGCCUGUAAAUCUGUAAUAAUUUAAUUGUUCUGGACCUUUCAUGGCGCAUGUGACAAAUAAACACUCUUGAAUUUCUUGAA